AUGUUGGAUGCUAAACCGGUGGCUACACCUAUGGCUCCCCAUCCGAAGCUAUCCCUCCACAGUGGCAGUGUCCUUGAUAAUCCAACACAAUUCCGUGCUGUGGUUGGUAGUCUCCAAUACUUAUCUUUUACUCGACCGGAUAUAGCCUACAGCGUCAAUCGUCUUUCCCAGUUUAUGCACCGGCCAACUGAUCUCCACUGGCAGGCUGCGAAACGGAUUCUACGCUAUCUCGCCGGUACUCACUCCCACGGUGACGUGGAUGAUUUCGUCUCAACAAACGCUUUUAUUCUCUAUCUCGGCUCCACACCACUCGCUUGGUCUUCCAAGAAACAGACGGGAGUUGCCAGGUCCUCAACCGAAGCUGAGUAUCGAUCUGUCGCCAAUACUGCAGCCGAGAUACGAUGGGUCUGCUCCCUGCUGACCAAACUCGGUGUUCAGCUUCCCGCUACUCCGGUCAUUUACUGUGAUAACGUCGGAGCAACUUACUUAAGCGCCAACCCUGUCUUCCAUUCUCGGAUGAAACAUUUAGCAUUGGAUUUCCACUUUGUACGCGAGAAUGUCCAGUCGGGUGCGUUGCGUGUGGCGUUUGUCUCUACAAAGGAUCAACUAGCGGACGCUUUGACCAAACCUCUUCCAAGACCACGGUUUCUCGAACUCAUGUCCAAGAUUGCCUCCAAACCUAUAUCUUCCUCAUCAAACCUUGAUGUGUCCCCAUGGAAGACUUCCAAGACUACAGAUGGGUUCGGGAAGAAGAAGGCCAAGAGGCUUGACUUUGACUCAUCCUCUGAUGAUGCUACUGGUCGCCGAGAAAAAUGGAAGCCGAGGAAGAGGUUUGUCCCGAGCUUUGAUGUGACCCCGAGGAAGAACUACGAGACGACAGGUCUUUAUGAGCGUCGCAAGGGGAAGAAGAAGCUGGCCCCUCUCACGGAUUCUUCCUCAUCGAGCCCUGAUGUGCCCCCAAAGAAGAGCUCGAUGAGGACAGCUAUUGACUGCCGUCGUGAAUGGAGAAAGAAACAGGUUGCUCGCCUCACGGAUGUCUAUAACCAAAUGAGGACUCUGCACCUUGAGAACGCCAAGGCUAUUAGGGCCAAAACACGUGCUCGCUGGAGUCUCUUCCCGAGCAAGCACCAUGGUGGUGUUGCUCCAGAGAAAAAUCCUUUCAUUUGCCUUCCCAUGGUCGACGGGUUAGAGUGGUCCAAGAGAGAUUGGAAGCAAUUCCACGACUGGAUCUUGUUUGAGAAAACGAAGGCGCGUGUGGAUCCCGACAUGGAAGACUACUUCUGUUAG